AUGCUUUUAAUAAAAGAAGAUAUUUACUCAACCUGCAAGGGAAAAUGUCACGUUAUUGAUGUUGUCAACGAUUUUGAAGAACAUCAAGGAAUGUGGACAAUAAUUCCGGCAAUUUUUAAGAUUUCGACCCACUCGAAAUGGUAUUUAUUGGCUGAUGAUUCUUCGGAAAUAAAUAUUCGAAAAGUCUUAUCUCGUAUAUUAGACGCCGAAAAUAUUAGUGGAGAUUUUUUUGGGUUUGCGUUACAGGAUAAAAGACCAACUAUAAUUCAUCACUUUGGAUUUGAUUUACCUGAUAAUUUCCAAUAUCCACUUAUUUCCGCUGGCGUUUUAAUAUCGAACACAGUUAUAGAAAAGAUUAAGAAUUCUACUGAUUCACUCAAACUUCCCUCAUUUGCUAUAGAUUCCAGCCAUGAAUUCGCUGUUUCACUCUUCAAAAACUUUAAUAUCACCCUAAUCGAUGAUCCCAAAUUCUUCUGCGAAAAACCUAAUGAUCAUGGUUCAUGCGGUAUCUGGCGAAAAAACAAAACAGAACCAUUGGAAAGUGUUGAAAGUAAUGACAUACAGGUCAUGAUCAAAACAUUUCAUGGAAAUCACAAAACAAGGCUUCCAAUACUUCUACAAACAUGGUUCAAGAAGUUGCCUGUAGCCGAAAUUUGUAGUGAUCUUGAAGACCCGACGAUUCCAACUAUUGAUUUGAAAGUCGGAAAUACUGAAAGCGGACAUUGCUCAAAAACAUGGGAAAUAAUGCGUCGUUUUCAUGGAAAUACCAAUGGCCCGUCUUGGUUGUUAAUUGCAGAUGAUGACACUUUAAUUGGAUGGGAUCGACUUCGAAAAAUGCUCGGACAAUAUAAUCCAAAAGAUGAUUUAAUUAUUGGAGAACGCUAUGGAUACGGAUUUAGUCUCGAUGGAAAUAGUGGUUAUGAUUAUCCAACUGGUGGCGCUGGAAUGGUAUUUACUAGACCAGCAGUUGAGAAGAUACUGAAAGAAUGUCCAAAAUGCUUCUCGAGUCAGGAUCCAGAUGAUAUGAUGAUUGGAAUGUGUGCACAUAUGGCUAAAGUGAAAAUUAUUCACGAAAAUAGGUUUCAUCAAGCUAGAGUUACUGACUAUGCUCAAGAAUUAAUAAGAAGUCCAAUAUCGUUUCACAAAUUUGAAGAAAUUGAUGCCGUAGAGACAUAUUAUGCUCGUCUGAUUGAGAAAAGUUAUUCACAUGCCGAAUUGUAA